CGCUAAGAGGUGUCCGUCCCCAUGACAACGCAUUGUCUCCAAGUUCAGAAGCUUAGCUUCCUUGCUUCAGGACAGGGCUUGGCUGGCGGGGACACUGACAGUAGGCAGCAGAGAUCCUAACUGCUUAGCCAGGAAGAUGCAAGCCAACCCCAUCCGCAUUCCAACUGUUAGCAAUGACACCGACUGGGACUUCUGCUUCCGUCUGUCACAGCAAACCAGGAACGCAGCACAACACACUGAUGACUUGUUUACUAUCUGUCAGUGUAGAGAGACUGAAGAAGACACUACAGUCCACAAAAAAGGGAUGGCUCUUCCAAAACAGCAAUUAGCUCAGUCCCAGGAGAAAGUUGGUCAGCUCGUUAAGGAAAAAAUGAAUACCAAAGCAAACAAGGAGCUGAUUCGGUGUUUCAUCCUUUCUCGGAUUAUUUUUGGGGAAGAACACUGGAAAUGUGCACAGGCUUUAGCCAACCUGGCUUAUGGUUACCUGACACUGAGAGGCCUCCCAGCUCAGGCCAGGAAACAUGCUGUGUCGGCCAGGAACACACUGCUGACCUGGAAGCAAAACACAACCUCAGACAAGGAGAAAAAGGAAAUCCUGGGAGCUCUGGUCAUGCUUUACUAUACUCUGGGAAUAGCUUGGCUCCUCCAAAAACGUGGCAAACAGGCCUAUGUCCACCUGCAGAAAGCGGAUAGAAACAUGAAGGAAUUGAAAGACUUAAACAACGGACGUGUUGGGGGAAGCCACGUCUCAGAGAAAGACCUAACCGUUGCUUUGGGCAGAGCCUCCUUGGCCAUGCACAGGAUGAACCUAGCUCUGGCAUACUUUGAAAAGGCGAUUGGCAACAUCAUCAUGGCCAAGGGUCAUGGCACAUCCGAACUGAUUAGUCUGUAUGAAGAAAUCGCUCAGAUUGAGCAGCUGAGGAAGAACCAUGUGCAGGCCAUCCAGUAUUUGCAUCAGGCCUAUUCUAUCUGUGUUUCUUCAUUUUCUGAAGUCAGCCCCCAAACUGCUGAGGCGAGUGCUUUACUAGCUAAAGCUUAUGCCAUGUCUGGAGAAUCCCAGCACAGGGAUGCUGUUGAGAUUUAUUUCAUAAGAAGUAUUAGUACAUAUCAAACAUUGGGCUCUAAAGAUUAUGAAACUCUCACUGCCAUUGAAGACUUUUGUACAUGGCUCAUCCAAAAUGGCGAAAAACAGGUGGCUUACAAACUGAUAAAGUAUACACUGAACUCUCGCACCUAUGGUAACUGUGGUAAGAAAGUAGCCGAAACCUUUUAUAACAUGGGCAGCAUCUGUUUUGCCAAAGGAGAGCUCAGAAAUGCAAUUCAGCUGCUAAGGAAGUGUCUGAUGGUUCAAAUUCUUAUCUAUGGAAGUAAGCAUAUUAAGAGCAGAGAGACUAAAAACCUCCUUACCCUAUUGCAGAGGGAAAGUUCAUCCAGACCGAAAAGAGAACUCAUUCCAGGAAGGAAGAAAAGUGUAUGCAAAGACAAAGCAGAAUGAAGGAGGGCAGUGCCUGGAAAGAAUGGUCUCACGUUAUCAGUGAAUUAAGAAGUCUACAUAAGCUAGCCAACAAUAAAAACAACUUUGUUGCUAACUCAAA